AUGUCGCAACAACCUUCGAUCCUUGUAAAUAAUAAACGUCGUAACUUGAUGGGGUCGAUGUUUUUACCUGCGCCACCUCCACCUUUUUUCGAAUCUAAAGAGCAAGAAAAUUUUAAACUAUGUAAGGUGAACCCGAAUAAUGGAGCUUAUCUUCCACCAACACCAAAUGAAAAAUCCGGACAUGAGGAAUGGCAUGAUAAUAAUCAAGACGAUGGCUAUUUCUCUUUUCCUGCAACUUAUCUAGCUGAAUCUCGUUCAAAACAUUCCACUCACGCAUUUGCUAGAUUAGAGACAACAGAAGAAAAUAAUGGGCCAUUUAUACAAGAUACAACUGUAAAUCUACCGAAAACCACUUCACAUGAUAAUAAUUUAGUACUACAAUUAGAAGACGCAACCAUACCUCCAAUAUCGCCUUCGCUGUCAUGUUCAACUUCCUCUUCAACUUCUGAAGAAUCUGAUAUUGAUGAUCUAAACCAGCAUAACAGACAUCCAGUCUCGCAGAAACGUCUAACUAGAGAUUUUGAUUCUUACGUGUCUGAAUUCAUUCAGCAUAGUGGAUAUACUAUGAAGGGAACAAAGAAACCGAAUUCCCCUUCCAUUUUCAAAAAUAUCUUUUAA